CUCUUCUUUCCCCGCUUGGCCUCUCCCUUCCUCGCAGCAGUCUUCCUCCGUGCUCCCCGUGCGGCGGAGCACAACACCUGUUCGACGGAACGCCGCUCCGGGGCGGGAAGCUUCGACCAUGGCGAGCGGGGAGGACCGCAUCAGCGCCCUCCCGGAGGGCAUCCUCCUCCACGUGCUCCGCCUCCUGCCGGCUGAAGAGGUGGUGCGGACGUCCUUCCUCGCCCGGCGCUGGCGCGGCGUAUGGAGGUCCGUGCCCACCCUCCUCUUCACCGAGGCCAAGGGUUGGGGCAGCGCCGACAGGUUCGCCCAGUUCGUGGGCCACCUGCUCCACCUCAGGUGCGGGGGCGACGGCCCGCCUCUGGAUUCCUGCGAUUUCGACUUCGAUUCCGACGGAUUCAUGCUGUUGCCCGCCAACCAGCGGCGUGCGAGCAACUGGCUCUGGAAGGCCCUGCCUCGUGUCCGGGCGCUCCGGCUCCGGCUUCGCAUUCCAGAGGAUCCGGGAGCCUCGCCACUAUCUGACAUGCAUCUCUUCUCCCAGCACCUCACCAGAUUAGAGCUUGUUGGUGUCGGUUUCUACGACACCGUUGUUGAUUUUACAGGCUGUCCAGCAUUGGUGGAACUGAGUAUGGAUACUUGCGACGUCUUUGUCAAACAGCUCUUGUCUCCAUCCUUGAAACAUCUGCGGAUUACCCGCUGCUAUGCUCAUGAUAAUUACCGCAUUCUUAUUUCUCUACCAAAUCUUGUUUCGCUUGAGUUGAUCGAAUGGGGCCAAGGAAGGAUUCCAUUACUUGGGAGCUUGCCGUCGUUGGCAAGAGCUGUUGUUGUGCUUAAGGAGAGUUGUGCCGAUCAAUGCUCUCAGGGUCGGUUUGAUAGUUGUGGUGCUGAUGAUGAUAUGUGUGAUAGUUGUUAUUAUUAUUAUGGGGAUCCUGAACGUGGGCCUCAGUAUGACUGCAACAACUGCAUCUUUCUCAAAGGUUUGUCAGAAGCCAGAGAUUUGGAGCUGUCAGCUAAUUCUGACGUGGUUGUUUUCAACAGAGAUUUGAAGUGGUGCCCUACAUUUACCAAGUUAAAGACUUUGCUACUCAAUGAUUGGUGUUUGGCUGCUGACCAUAAUGCACUAAUUUGUUUUCUCCAACACUCGCCAAUUUUGGAGAAGCUUACUCUUCAACUUUCUAAGGGACCUCCAUAUGUAACUGAAGCAGAAGGAAUCUACAAACCAUUGGGACAGUCAGUUGCAUCCAACUGUCUUAAGAUUGUUGAAAUCAAAUGUGAAAAUGUUGAUAAUAAGGUUCACAAAAUUUUGAAGAUACUGGCUACCUAUGGUAUACACCUUGAGCAAAUUAGUGUCCAACAAACUAGCGGCAUUCCUGGAUCUGGAUGUUUCAAUUUUGUUUGCACUGGUUUCAGUGAAAACUAGAGGUACAAAUGACGUCGUGCCGGCCAAGGGCAAGAAGUUAGCCAUGUUCUCAAGGCGGCCAGCUCCACCGGGGAGAGGUACUCCACUGGAUUCAACGAGCUGCUCACCAUCGUCCCAAAGCCCUAUCCCUUUUCUACUCCACACUAGUAGAUCAUAGCAGCGUUGUACCUUUGGUAAACAAUUUCCCGUGGCUCUUGAACUUUGUUGAGAGUUGUUCUAAGUUUCUGAUCUAUGUGAUAAAAUGGAUGCAUCAAUCUCAACGAUAGGUUCAGUCGCAGAAUGUCCGUUCAAGCAGAAAUAAUAACACGUCUCCGAAGAGGCAAAAGCUCAGCACUAAAAAUUCAGAAGUUAUGCACAUAA